AUGACACGAGAUGAGCGCUCAGACACACUUCCGUUAAGAAAGAGUCUGGAAUGCCGAGAAGCGGCUGUUGAACUAGCAUUUGAAGACCGUACACAAAAGAGGCAACACGCACUACUUGAGCCUAAAACGGAGAAUAAUCGGAGAUUAUUUGGGAAUUGUGAUAGUGCGGGUCAGAGUGCGUGGAAUUCUUCGUGGCGUGGAGUUGGAAAGUGCUUUUUGGGAAAAGUGACGGCUUGGCGGUUUCAGAUGUUCGAAACCUUCCUCCAUCUAGAUCUCACGAGUCUCCUGAUCAUCCUCAUCUUCUUCCUGUUCCUGGAGUACCGCCCGCCAUGGUGGUACCGUGCCAACCCCGACUGCAAAAAAGGCAUCCCCGGUCCCCUGGCUCUCCCCAUAGUGGGUACCACUUGGAUGCUGUUCCCGGGAAUAAAGGCCGUCAGUCGCCUCCACGAGUACUACCAAGACAUGUAUAAGAAGUACGGCCCCAUUAUGAAGGAGGAGUACUGGUGCAACAUCCCCAUUAUAAAUCUUUUUGAGAAGAGGGAUAUCGUCAAGGUCCUGAAAAACGGCAGCAAGUACCCGUUGAGGCCGCCGGUGCAGGCAGUGGCGUACUAUAGGAAAAGCAGGCCCGAUAGGUACACCAGUACGGGGCUUGUUAACGAACAAGGCGAAGCCUGGCACCACCUCCGCACCACCCUCACCCCCGUCUUCACCAGCCCCAAAACCAUCUCCUCCUUCCUGCCGUCCGUGCGCGAGAUCGCCGACGACUGGUGCAACCUGCUCAAGCAAUCCCGCGACAGCUCCGGCCUGGUCUCCAACCUAGACGACAUCGCCGACCGCCUAGGCCUCGAAAUCACGUGCGCUUUGAUCCUCGGCCGCCGAAUGGGCUUCCUGCUGCCGGGCGGCGAAUCCGACGUGGGUAGAAACCUGGCCGAGGCCGUGCGCCAGCACUUCAUCGCCACCAGAGACACCCACUACGGGAUCCCGUUCUGGAGGGUUUUACCGACCUCGUGCUACAACCGGCUGGUCAAGAGCGAAGAGGCCAUCUACGACCUGGCGAUGGAACUCAUCAAGUCCGCGAAUGACAGUACCAAAGACAGUGAGGUCUUUCAAGCCAUCCUCAAGGCUGAUCUCGACGAGAAAGAGAAGACUGCUGCUAUUAUAGAUUUUAUGUCGGCGGGGAUUCACACCCUGAAGAAUAGUUUGUUGUUUUUGUUGUAUUUGGUGGGGAGGGAUUCGGACUUGCAGAGGAGGAUCAUGGAUGACCCGAGAUACUCCAAGGCUUGCAUGACUGAGUGUUUCCGGCUGUGCCCCACUGCCAACUGUCUAGCUCGGAUUCUAGAUGAAGAAAUGGAGCUCGGGGGGUAUCGGGUGCCGGCCGGGACUCCCGUCGUCUGUCAUUUCGGCAUCGCCUGCCGCGACGAACGAAAUUUCAAAGACGCAGCCACUUUUAAGCCAGAACGGUGGCUGGGGGAAGAAACCAAUCACAACGCUCCGUUUUUGUUGAUUCCGUUCGGCGUCGGUCGCAGAGUGUGCCCUGGAAAACGACUCAUCGAGCACAUUUUGCCGGUACUGCUCCAGCACACCGUCAGUAGUUUUGAGUUUGUGGCUCAAAAGGAGCUCGAGAUCCAGUACGAGUUUAUUUUAGCCCCGAAAGGGAAAACGGCUAUGGUUUUUAGAGAUAGGGUUUGA